AUGGCUGCUCCGAAAUCAGACAUCACCCUCUAUACCUCCCAAACCCCCAAUGGAAUCAAAAUCUCAAUUGCCUUGGAGGAACUUGGCCUCCCCUAUAAGGUCGAAGCAAUCGAGCUAAGCCAAAACACCCAGAAGGAACCUUGGUUUCUUGAAAUAAACCCCAACGGCCGCAUCCCAGCCAUCACAGAUACUUUCACCGAUGGGAAGAAAAUCUCUAUCUUUGAAUCGGGGAGUAUCCUAGAGUACCUUGUCGACCGAUAUGAUACCGAGCAUAAGAUCUCCUAUCCCAAGGGAACCAGAGAAGCAUAUGAAGUGAGCAACUGGCUAUUCUUCCAGAACGCCGGUGUUGGCCCAAUGCAAGGUCAAGCAAACCACUUCUCUCGCUAUGCUCCCGUGCAUAUCGAAUAUGGUGUCAAUCGAUACAGAAAUGAAACCCGCCGCCUCUACGGAGUGCUAGACAAGCACCUCUCCCAGUCGAAAUCAGGCUAUCUGGUCGGAGACCACAUUAGCAUUGCCGAUAUUUCUCACUGGGGAUGGGUCGCCUGCGCUGGAUGGGCUGGAGUUGAAAUCGACGACUUCCCGCACCUGAAGGCUUGGGAGGAGAGGAUGUUAAAGAGGGAGGGUGUCGAGAAGGGUCGACAUGUUCCUAAGCCCCAUACUAUUAAGGAAUUGCUGAAGGAUAAAGACGCCAUGGAGAAGGAGGCUGCUAAGAGCAGGGAGUGGGUUCAGGCUGGCAUGAAGAGCGAUGCAAGCAAAUAA